AUGGAGUCUGCAGUUUCUGGGUUUUUUUGGUCUUUUGAUCAAGAAUUCUGCUGUUUCUUGGUCGUCACGGUUUUGUUAAUCUUUUUGAUCCUCUACUUUGCAAGACCGAGGGUUUGGUGCAAGUGUGAAAUUUGUCAAUCUUACAUGAAUACAAGCUGGAAAAACCACUUUGAUAAUCUGUGUGAUUGGUAUACUUAUCUUCUUAAAAAAUCUCCUACUCAGACUAUUCAUAUUCAUGUUCUUGAUAAUACUAUUACUGCAAAUCCUGUUAAUGUUGAAUAUAUGCUCAAAACAAGGUUUGAUAAUUUUCCAAAGGGGAAACCCUUUUCUGCAAUCUUGGGUGACUUUCUGGGCCGGGGCAUAUUCAACGUGGAUGGAGAUUUAUGGAGGUUUCAGAAGAAAAUGGCGAGUCUUGAGCUUGGUCGAACAUCAAUAAGAUCAUAUGCUUUCGAAGUUGUUCAUCAUGAGAUUGAACAACGGUUGGUACCCCUUUUAGAAUCUGUAAAAGGGAAAGAAGAUAUAUUUAUAGAUUUACAAGAUGUUUUUCGACGAUUUUGUUUUGAUAGUAUUUGCAGAUUUUCAUUUGGUUUAGACCCUAAGUGUUUGGAAUUGACCUUACCUAUAUCAAAAUUUGCUGUUUCUUUCGACCUAGCAUCAAAACUGUCUGCUGAAAGAGCCAUGACUGUCUCUCCACUUGUUUGGAAGAUGAGACGGCUUUUAAACAUUGGAGAUGAGAAAAAGCUUCGAAAAUCAAUCAAGAUGAUCAACAAAUUAGCCCAAGAGGUCAUAAAUCAAAGGCGAAAAUUCGGGUUUUCUGAUCAAGAAGAUCUCCUGUCAAGAUUCAUGACUUCUGUUAGUGAUGAAACAUUUCUCAGGGAUAUUGUGGUUAGCUUCCUCUUGGCCGGCCGUGACACAGUGGCAUCUGUCUUGACAAGCUUUUUCUGGCUAAUGGCAAACCACCCAGAGGUGGAGGCAGCCAUUCUAGUCGAGGCUGAUCGAGUUAUUGGGCAAAACAAGGAGAUUACAAGCUAUGAACAAAUGAAAGAACUUCAUUAUUUGCAUGCAGCAAUGUAUGAGAGCAUGAGAUUGUAUCCACCUAUACAAUUUGAUUCAAAAUUCUGCUUAGAGGACGAUGUUUUACCUGAUGGGACGACGGUGAAGAAGGGGAGGAGGGUUACUUAUCAUCCAUACGCAAUGGGCAGAAGUGAGGAGCUAUGGGGCACAGAUUGCUUAGAAUUCAAGCCAGAAAGAUGGUUAAAAGAUGGGGUUUUCUUUCCAGAAAACCCUUUUAAAUUCCCAGUUUUUCAAGCAGGAAUUAGGGUGUGUUUGGGGAAAGAAAUGGCACUUGUGGAACUCAAAAGUGUUGCAAUUUCAUUGUUGAAUCGUUUCCAUAUUGAAUUAGCACCUCCGCAAACCACUACUCCCCGGUUCUCCCCAGGACUGACAGCCACCUUUCACGGUGGUUUACAGGUUCUGGUUCGAGCUCAAAGUGGUCCAAGCACCCUGAAAAAUGUCUAUUCCGCCGUAAAAUAG